AUGCGCCACGUCGGAUCGUCUCUGCACUCCCUCACCCUCUCACGCGCACUUCCCGUCACGAAUUCCGCGAAGCGCCCUCGCGGAAACGGCACCAGCGGUGGUAACGGCGGCGAUGUAGGCGGCGGGAGCGUGGUGGUGAACCUGUGGGAGGAGGAGGACGCGAGCUUGCAUCUCGCGCACAUCUCCCGCCACUGCACCAACCUGCGCUCGCUCUCAUUGGGCCACGUGUCCCUCUCAGCACCAACCCUGCUCGCCUCUCUCCAGCCCAUGCCGGCCCUGCAGCACCUCUCUCUCUCGUGGAUCCAUGCGUCCCCCGCCGCGCUUCACGCCGUGCUUGACAACGCACCAAAUCUCCUCCACUUCACGGUUUUCAUGGCGUCCGGUUUCCCUCACCUAGAAUUACGCGUUCCCCCCUCCCUCCAGCACCUCUCGCUAUCCUACAUUCGCGCGGACUCAGUCGCGCUUCUCUCCGCGCGCUCCCUCCAGUCCCUCUCUCUCCGCGACAUGUUUCUCCGCUCGCUUUCCAUCCGCGACGCGCCCAACCUGCGCCAACUCGCCGUCUCUUCCGCCAACUGCCUGCUCGUCUCCGCGCCUCACUCUAGCCGGCUCGAAUCUAUCGACCUCCGCGCAGGCUCGCUCAACUGGCCUGCCACCGAAACCCUAAUUUCAUCCAAUUCCGCUGCGCUCGAGUCGCUCUCCCUCGACUUUUUCGCCAUAGUCAACCUUUUUUCCGCAAUGUCCGGCGGGCAAAGCGGAGACUCCGGGGAGGCCGUGCUCCUCCUCGCGUUGCCGCACGUGCGGCUCUAUAACGACCUCCUCGCCUUACAGCGCGUAUCGCGCUCCCUCUACCGCACCAUUCGCGAGUCGCCCUGUUUCUGGCUGCGGUUCCACCAUCUCCACGUGGAGCCCUUCCCAAUCAGCCACCGCCACGUGUCCGCUUCCCUCAACGAAACCGCGGUUCCAAGAACCACCGGGGAAAUUCGGCCAAUCGCAACGCGCGGUGAUGAUCCUCAGCAACUCGCAGCGCUGCCUCGUUAUAAGCUGGUGGAAGCGGCUCUUAAGGUGUACGCGCGGCGGUCCCAGGGGCAGCUGAGGGAGGUGGUACUGGACGGGGAGGACGUGCGCGGCGAUGUGAUUAUAACGGUGCUGGCAGGCUGCAAUCAGCUCGAGAAGCUUUCUGUGAGGAUGUGCGCGCAUGUAACCUCGUCCCACAUAGUCACACUCCUACAGUCACAGUGGGGCGCGCUGGCAGCGUCGACAGCACCAGCACCAGAGGCAUCACCAUUACCAUCACUGCCAGCAGCAGAACUGGUUUCACCACCAGCAGGAGCACCAUCGGCAUCAUCAUCCCUGCUAGCAGAUUCCUUACCGGAGUCACAUCCACCCAUUCCACCCUCUUCCCUUGAAUCUACACAGCCUGCUACCCUUGAAUCCGCUCAACCUGCUACCCUUGUAUCCCUUCAAUCUACUGCCCCUGAGUUUCCUCAAUCUGCUAAUCUUGAACCGCCUCAAGUCCCCACUGCUGCAGCACCGGCUCCCGGUCCCCGGCUGUGGCAGGUGCGCAUGGCAGGGUCUGACUGCCCCUCUACAGAGAUGACUUUUGAGUCCACUCAAAUGCCACCUCAAGUCCCCACAGCUGCAGCACCGACUUCUACUCCCCGGCUGUGGCAGGUGCGCAUGGCAGGGACUGACUGCCCCUCUGCAGAGGUGACUUUUGAGUCCACUCAAAUGCCACCUCAAGUCCCCACAGCUGCAGCACCAGUUCCUACUCCCCGGCUGUGGCAGGUGCGCAUGGCAGGGUCCGACUGCCCCUCUAUUGACUUCCUCUUUAUCCGAGACAUGCUCAAGCGUGCAGCUGCCAGCCUCCCUGCACCCAGACGAGCAGUGCUCGUCGCGCAUGUUGACGUGUGUGGGCUGCAACUGGCGGUGCUGCCCGUGGCACAUUGA